GGUCUGUCAUCCUUGGGAUCUGACUGGUCCCGGACCAGGGGUGGUCCCUCCCCUAAUGGUCCAUGCUAAACUGCUGUUCCCCUUCCCCUGCUGCUUUCCCCAUUGCUCCCUGACAAACCCUCACUCCCUGAGCUAGAGCUCUCCAGCUCCCAUUCUCCCAGCUUCUGCCAGGGCCGGAGCUGCAUGGCUGUGGUGCGAACUUCUUGGCUGCAGUUGGGGCUGGAGCUACAUGGCUGGGGCUGGAGCUUCACAGACUACCCCCCCACAAGACUUCUGGAGGAACCCAAGCUGAGACAUGUAGAAAAGGAUGUUUUAAUUCCAAAAAUGAUGAGAGAGAAGGCCAGAGAGUUAUGUUCAGAUCAAGUGCAAGAAUUUACUAAAUGCUGCCAAGACACUGGCUUUCUUAUGGUGGUGAAGUGCCGACAGGAGAAUGCAGCAUUGAAAGAAUGUCUAACUGCCUACUAUAAUGAUCCAGCAUUUUAUGAAGAAUGCAAAACUGAAUACUUGAAGCAAAGGGAAGAAUUCAGAGCUACUGGAAUUCCUGAUAAACGAAGACAACAGAAGCUUCCUACAAGCAUGUAGCUAAAUCCUAAAAUGAAGUUUGGAAUUUUCUUUCAGUUAGACACAUACUUUGAUUUUGUGGAAUAAGAUUAGACUCAAUUUUUUAAAAAAUCAUUGUUUGUCUUUCAGGCUGGAUUUGAAUGAAAUAAGAUGCAUCUUAUAUUGUACUUUGUCUAUUAAGAAUAAAUUUUCUAUGAAUUAAUUGAAAA